GGUAUCAACAGAAGACAAUGAAUCCAACGGCCGUACUUCCUUCGCUGCUGGCUCUGUUGGUAGCUAAUGGGAGCUCGGUGCUGGAUUGUCUCUGCAGUCACAUUAUCCACACAAAACAUGUCGGCAGACCCUGGGGAGGAACCGGUAGUCCCGGUGCAUAUCAACUAUGGUUUGAGUACUGCCAUCAUCAUAUCCGACUCUACACGCUGAGCGGAACGUCCGGAACCCUGGAACCGCCGUCUGCCGCGGUCCCAGCUGUGGCCCACCUUGCAGCCGGCCUCUCGAGCUACGGACCGCCGCCACCCCCUGCAGGAGGGGUGGAGGGUGAGAGCUGCGCCAGUGCCCUGGCGGCUCUCCACCGGCUCACGUGGACCGAGACCAACCAACUGAGCCAGGAGCUCGGCUGCCGAGUCGCUGCCGAGUGUUUAGACUCCUGCUCUGCACCGAGGUUGAACGACGUGGAAUGGAACGAGACAGCGCUGCAAACGGAUCAUCUGAGGCGCUAUGUCCUCUCCCAGUCAGUGCACGCUGUUCAACGCAUCACAAGAGCCAUACACGCCAGGGGACAAUGUGAGAGCCACUAUCGGCCUACUUUUAUGUGGAGGGUCUCGAAAAAAACUGAUCUCCAGGUCCUGCGGAAGGUCUACCUGGAACAGCUCUCCAGCUACUAUCGAGACUUCGCACAGCUGUUCUCAGUCGGUGUGACGCAUCUCUCUCGUCUGUUCAUUCCCCUCGCAUUCGAAUACAUGGGUAACCAUACGACUGACCGGAGACUCCAUGGAUGGAUUAAGGACAUGGAACGUGUGAGAGAUAUGAUGCACAUGAAAUUAAGCAGUUGGGUACACGACGUGCAAGCCGUCAGCGAAAAGAUAGCACGCUACGAGAUAGAAGACGACAAGAAUAGGCCUGGAUUCUUAAUAAUUAGGCGGCCGCUGUUGAAUGAUAAACUGCUCUACUAUCAGCCAAAGUUCCUUUUCUUUCGAGAGGACUUCAGUGCGCUAUGCGAGGAACGGCAGUCGGAGGCAUCACAGAUGUUCGGCCUCGCCGAUGCACUGUAUGCCUUCUAUUAUACUAGGUGGUAUACGAUGGAAUCGACCUUCAAGCAACAAUUUGGAGCAAACACCGACACUGUUGUGGAUGAGGAGUGGCAGCUGGAGGACAGGAGCAACGCCACGCUCACCGUGGACACUGACUGCAUACAGCUGUUGGUGAAUGCCCUGGACCACCCCACGUGCCCACUGGAAGACCUGCCACUGGAAACCACCGAGCAGCGAGAGCAGUGCCGCGUGCAGCUAUGGGACGACAUGGUGCUGAGGUCGACCCACAUACCCGUCACCAGCUACCUGGCCUACACGCAGCGGGCGAACGUCAACCUCUGCCUCAUGGCCUGGAUGGCAGUCAACUCGCUCGGCAUUUGUCACGACGUCCCCUUUAGUAUGAUACAAUCUGUGCACGACGCUGCCUGCUAUUUCGGUAGACCUGACGACCAGUCGUGCCUACAAUCAAACGCUACACAUGCCAUCUGCUCUGUUUCCAGAGCUAUUCUGUUGCUGAAGUGUAGCGAUUUUUUCUCCCACAAGCCGCAGAAGAUGUAUGGCGUCACACUUUAUCCAAAUGGAUCGUACUCAGCGGUGUGGGAUGAUAUAAAAUGGCAACAAGGGUUCUACAGACGGUAUGGAAAGUCGAUACAAAUAGCACUGAACUACAAAGACAGUUUGAACAAUGCCACAUUGAAAUACAAAGAUCUGAAAAUCAGCAGCCUAAAAUCUUUAGAAAUUUCAUUUAUAGCGAUAAAUAUUUUUUUCCGCUCUUUGACAGCGGGAGUAUAUAUGUACCUUCCACAGUUACGUAAUUUGCCGGGAAAGAUAUUCUUGUCCUUUCAGAUCACGGGUAUAAUUCAGAUCCUUUGUUCUGAUAUCGUGUAUCGUAUGGCAGGUGUCCCUGACUUAUCUACAGCGGUGCUGAUUGAUACCGCCCUCACACUUCUAAGCUGUAUCUGGCUGAACUCGUUCUGUUACCAAAUGUACGCAUGUGUCCGUCAUCUCAAGCUUCCUAACGACCUACUACCCGAUGAAGCAAGAAAUCUAUUCCGUCGUCAGGUGCUGAUUGCCUUAAUACCCUGGGGUAUGGUAUGCACAGCAACCAUUGCUUUGGAAAAGACGAGCAAAUAUCACCUGCUCUACAGUCGGAUAAUAUUCCUCAUUGGGAUUUUAGUGUCAGUAUCUUUCAAUUUGGUGUGUCUUGGAUUGGUGGGGUACAUGUUCCUACGCACUAAGAGAUCUAUGGCUCAUCUCAGAAUUUACAGUAACGAUAAAUUUGGCUCAAAGAAAGAAAUUCUUUUUACGUCAGUUAAGACUGUCUUCUUAAGCGGGCUAGGUGUCAUUGUUAGAAUUGGGUUUCACCAAGCACAAGGUAUAGCACAGUUUGUUUACUAUUUACAUAUAUCUACGAUGAUGCAGGGACCACUGUUGUUCGUUCUUUUCAUUUGUAAUGGAACAACAUUCCCUACACUAAAGAACAGGAUACUAGCGUGUCUCAACCCAGACAUAAUCAUUCCAGGGGAAGAGCUGUGUUCAGCAGCUGAGAGAAACCUGGCAACGAGAAACAAUGAACAACCCGUGGUUGCACAAUCGUCGUUGUAAUUUUCUUGAGUAUUUUUCUCAAAAGAUUGUAUUCACUGUAGGGCAUUCUAAAGUAUGUGAUCAGCUACGGAGACAGAGUCUAGCAGAUGAGACAAAAUUAAGUGCGACCUAUUUCAAAAAAACCAGUGUCCCAGUUUUAUAAUUUUUUCUUUAUUUACAAUCACGUACUUAUUUGUGCAUUGUAGCAUAAAAAAGUCUAAUAAUUAAUUAUAGAUAUGGAACGUAGUCUAAAGUGAACAAAAACAUGUUAAAGGACAGCGCUACACAGGACUCGACCAAAGUGCUUUUGUGGGAGGGAAUGUUGAAUUGUUGUGUUAGAGAUACGUGAAAGUACUGUAGAGGAGGUUAGAAAGUAAAGCGCAGCCAGUGUGGUGCUCUUAAAGAAGGAAGGUCAUUAUUUUUAUAAAGCGUGUGUACAGACAAUACUGUGGUGCAAACGACAUGUGUCACAAAUUAAACGGAAAGGAUACAAGUUUUUCCAAGCGUACAACAGCAUAGUAUGUACUGUAUAGUGUGACAGUUAGUUGGUUAGUUACAUGUUCCAGAGAUCAAUAUCACGGCAACAAUUAUGAUGUGGAACGUAUGAAGUGCAUAAGAAAUGCACUCAUGAAUCAAGUUUUUUUUAAGCUUAAAAUUUUUAUUACCUAAACUUAAAUGGCACAAAGUGCAUAUAUUAUACCUAUAGAUUUAUUUAUUCCUAUUCAAGAAUUCAGCUGUGGUAUAGGAGGAAUUGUCAUUGAGAUAUGAUUUAAAUUUAUUUUUGAAACUAUUACUGCUGUGUAUCAGACAUUUUAUGUCAUCUCGUAAUUUAUUAAAAUGUUUUACAGUAGCAUA